AUGAAACCACGAUUAUUUUCGACCUUGCGUUGCUUGCAACAUGAGAAUCCCUUGGGCCUACCCAAAAGUGGCACUAUUCCGCGUAUGCAACGUGGGUUGCCAGAGCGGAGGGCCAUAAAGGAUGUCAAGAAAGUAAUUGCUGUUUCGUCUGCGAAGGGCGGUGUUGGAAAAUCUACGCUCGCUGUAAACCUUGCGCUUGCCUUUGCACGCCUGGGGCUGCGAAGUGGGAUUCUCGAUACGGACAUCUUUGGUCCUUCCAUACCUACCCUAUUGAAUCUUUCCGGAGAGCCACGAUUAUCUUCGAACAACCAAUUGGUACCUUUAUCAAAUUAUGGCGUAAAGUCUAUGUCGAUGGGUUAUCUGGUCGGGGAUGCAGCUCCUGUGGUUUGGCGUGGUCUUAUGGUCAUGAAAGCUUUACAGCAGCUCUUACAUGAGGUUGAGUGGGGUGGGUUAGAUGUGCUUGUACUUGAUCUACCUCCUGGGACCGGAGAUACACAGUUGACUAUUACUCAACAAAUUGUGCUAGAUGGCGCCGUGAUAGUAUCGACUCCUCAGGAUAUUGCCAUGAAAGAUGCUGUGAAGGGAAUCAACAUGUUUAAAACGGUCAAAAUUCCAAUAUUGGGCAUGGUACAGAACAUGUCACUCUUCACCUGUCCGCAUUGUCAAAAUAGUACGCAUAUCUUCGGCGCUCGUUCUGGUGUCACACACGCUUGUGAAGAGUUUGGGAUACCAUUUUUAGGGGACAUCCCAUUACACGCCAGCAUUUGUGAUGAUGCCGACAAGGGGAAACCAACAGUAGUUUCGGAGCCUGAAUCUGUGAGAGCACUGGCUUUCAUGGAUAUUGCGACAAACGUCGCCAGAGGCAUUAAGCUCUUAUAG